AGUGCAGCUAUCACAUUGCAGUGGUUUUGCUGUCUUCUAAUAUUCCUGCUAUCCCCAGAAUCAACAGUAGUGGCGGGCGCUUCGAGGGAAGCCUAUUUCAAUGGAUCGGCUUAUCUGCGUUUGUUGUCGCCCAUGCCAAUCUGGGAUCAUUCAGCAAUUAGUUUUCGUUCAUGUAGAGGUGGGGAGAUUUUGGCUCAGCAGUACAACAAAAACUCAAUUGUCAUCUCUGUGAUAAAUGACUUCUUGCAAAUAUCGUUGGCGGGUCCGGCAGUGAUAGGACCGAAUAAUCGUGUAGAUGUCAAGUACUCAUACCAUCUGUUGGACAAUAAAUGGCACACGAUACAGUUCAAGUAUGAAUAUGGCAAUUUACUGCUGUUCAUUGACCGCGAAUCGAGAGUGUUCGCAAACUCCACGUACAAUAGUCAGUUCCUUACAAACCAGGAUAUUGGCAAUGAAGCAGCCAUUUUGAUUUUGGGCAAUUCGUUCACGGGCUGCUUACAGGAUGGACCAGGUCUGCAGUUCGUUAAUGACUCAAUGACGGUACAGAAUGCCGUAUUUGGAGCCUGUCCUCUAGGCAGUGGGCCUUGCUCAGAUCACGAUGUUCCUCUGAGAAAUCAAGAUUUUUGUGCCAAUGAUCCGUGCAUGGGCUAUGGUCUUUGCAUAUCCCAUGCCGAUGGUUACGAAUGCCGCUGUACCGCCAGAUAUUCGGGUAAAAACUGUCAGAUGGACAAUGGCUCACCAUGUGAUCGAAAUCCAUGCUCAAAUGGCGGCACCUGUUUUGAGGACAGCCGUGGCGAUUACCAAUGCAUUUGCCCGCCCAACCACACGGGGAAGCACUGCGAGACUGAAAUCAACAUCAAUCCUUUGUGCCAAAUUAAUCCUUGCCUGAACAACGGCGCCUGCGUUGUUGCGCCCGGUAGCAAUUCGAUUGAGUGCGAAUGUCCCAAGGGCUAUGCGGGCAGUCAUUGCGAGACCGAUAUGGAUGACUGUGCAUCGCAACCGUGCCAAAACAAUGGCAAGUGCGUGGAUAAAGUCAAUGGAUUUGUCUGUGACUGUUCGAAUACUGGCUUCAUAGGACCUUUGUGCCAAACCAACAUCGACGAAUGUGAAAUGAAGCCGUGCCGCAAUGGUGGGAAGUGCUUUGACACCAACGGCUGGUAUAUUUGCCAAUGCCUUGAUGGGUGGGGCGGUGACUUGUGCGAAAAGCCCAUUAGUUGCCAAACUCAGCAGUGUCUGAACGGCGGUACGUGUGUCGACAAGGCCAUUGGAUUUCAGUGUAUGUGUCUACCUGGAUAUUCCGGAGAGCUUUGCCAGCAAGGGCCUCCGCCAUGCCCCCAGUGUCCCAUUGACUCGGAAUGUGUAGCAGGAAAGUGCAUCUGCAAGCCAGGAACUACAGGUUUCAACUGUGAAUUGCCCACGACGGCUGUAACCGCCGGAUGCAAGUGCCUAAAUGGCGGCACUUGUUCCCUGAAUGGCACCCAUUGCUACUGCCCUACUGGCUAUUCGGGUGACAGGUGCGAGAAAAUGGAGACCUGCACCUUGGCCAACUGUCAGGAGCCCAUGGUUUGCUCUCAAAAUAAAUGCAUUUGUCCCGAGAACAAAAUUUGUACCCAAUGCGCCUCGCAGCCGUGUCGAAAUGGAGGCGUUUGCGGCGAUCUACCUAAUGGCGAUUACGAAUGCAAGUGUCCCGCCGGGUGGACGGGUCGCAAUUGUGUCAAGGAUGUGGAUGAGUGUUCGAUAUCGCCAAAAAUAUGUGGCAAUGGUAUUUGCAAAAAUGAAGAGGGUUCCUACAAAUGCUAUUGUACGCCCGGCUUUACGGGUAUUCAUUGUGAUUCCGAUGUGGACGAGUGCCUCAGUCAUCCCUGCCAGAACGGUGCCACAUGUCACAACAAGAUCAACGCCUAUGAAUGCGUUUGCCCACCUGGUUACAUGGGUCUCAACUGUGAAAUCAACAUAGACGAAUGCGCCAGCAAUCCCUGUUCCAUUGGCUCAACGUGUCUCGACUUGAUCAACAAUUUCACCUGCUCCUGUAUUCCCGGAAUGACGGGUCGCUUCUGCGAGAUCGACAUAGACGAUUGUGUUUCGGGGCCGUGUCAGCAUAAUGGAGUGUGCAUCGACGAACUUGGCGGGUUCCAUUGCAAUUGCAGUUCGACGGGUUACGAGGGACGAUUCUGUGAAAUGAAUAUUGACGAGUGUGCCACCAAUCAGUGUGUGAACGGCGCCGAAUGUAUUGACCAGGUGAACGACUAUUUCUGCAAUUGCUAUGACGGUUUCCGCGGCAAGAACUGUGAGCUCGACAUCAACGAAUGCGAAAGCAACCCCUGCCAAUAUAGUGGCACCUGCCUUGAACGCUCCAAUAUAACCUUGUACGCCUUGAGCCAGACAAUGGAUUUGCCAAGCAUCUUUAGCCAACAAUUCAGUUUUCAAAAUGCCAGUGGUUACGAAUGCGUCUGUGUUCCUGGUAUUAUGGGCAAGAAUUGUGAAAUAAAUAUCAACGAAUGCGAAAGCAAUCCGUGCAGUAAGCAUGGCACCUGCAACGACGGGAUUGGAACGUACACCUGUGAAUGUGACCCGGGCUUUGAGGGCACCUAUUGCGAGAUCAACAUCGACGAAUGUGAACGGUACAAUCCAUGUGGAGAUCAUGGGACAUGUAUCGACCAAACGAAUGACUACGAAUGCGACUGCGACGCCAUGUAUGGCGGCAAGAAUUGUUCGGUACCUCUGAUUGGCUGUCUGAGCGCGCCCUGUCUCAAUGGUGGCAUAUGCAAACCGUAUCUGGUCAACGAGACUGAACACCUGUUCAAUUGUUCGUGCCAGCACGGUUUCCAGGGUGAUACGUGUGAGAAGACAACUACGAUAUCCAUGGUGGUCAGCAGUUUAAUCACCGUUAAGACUCAACGAGAAGAGGGCUACGAUAUAAAUCUUCAGUUCCGCACCACAUUACCCAACGGGGUAUUGGCCUUCGGUACUUCGGGGGGACAAAAUGAACCGGUCAGCUAUAUUUUGGAGCUGAUAAAUGGUCGAUUGAAUUUGCACUCAUCCCUGUUGAACAAAUGGGAAGGUGUAUUCAUUGGCUCGAAUUUGAACGACAGCAAUUGGCACAAGGUCUUCGUGUCCAUCAACACCUCUCACUUGGUGUUGUCGGCCAAUGAUGAACAAGCCAUAUUCCCGGUGGGAUCCUAUGAAACGUCCAAUGGCAGUCAGCAACCCUCAUUCCCCCUGACCUAUUUAGGCGGCACCAUUCCGAAUUUGAAAUCAUAUCUCAGGCAUCUAACACAUCGUCCGUCGAGCUUUGUCGGCUGUAUGCAGGACAUUGUUGUCAACGGCAAAUGGAUUUUCCCCGAGGAGAGAGGACUGGACAAUAACACGAAGUUGACGAACAUAGAAAGUGGAUGCCGUCGUACGGAGCAAUGCAAUCCCAAUCCGUGUCAUUCGAAUGGACGGUGUACAGAUCUGUGGCAUACGUUUGCCUGUACAUGUCAACGACCGCACUUUGGGUACACUUGUAAAUACAAUAUAACGGCAGCCACCUUCGGUCACGAGAACACCACCCAUUCAGCAGUAAUAGUGGAGACCAACGAUGUGGCGCGACGAGCUAUACGCUCUGUUCUCGACAUUUCAAUGUUCAUACGCACGCGGCAACCAACUGGGCAGGUCUUCUAUUUGGGCAGUGAUCCUCGCAAAUCUAGAGGUGUCGAUACCGGCAACUCGUACGUCGCAGCAAAACUGCAAGGAGGCGAGCUUUUGGUCCGUAUGCAGUUCAACGGCACUCCUGAAGCAUACACCGUCGGUGGCAACAAACUGGACAAUGGCUAUAACCACCUGAUCGAGGUGGUGCGCAAUCAAACCUUGGUACAGGUAAAGCUCAAUGGCACCGAGUACUUCCGCAAGACACUGUCAUCGACGGGCUUGCUGGAUGCACAGGUGCUUUAUUUGGGCGGUCCUGCACCCACAACUGGUGCCACAGAAACAGCCGUCGUGUCUGGUGCUGAGGUGGGAACGGAGUAUGCUACUAUUAAACCUGAAGAUUACUUCAAGGGCAUCAUUCAGGAUGUUAAAGUCAGCAACGGUUCACACACCAUGAUUGUCGAACUGUACCCGUUGGAGGAGGAGGAUUUGGCUCUGCCACCUUCUUUCGGUACCAUAACAAUCGACCGCUCUUCGGUGCUAAAAGGUGAAGUAUCCGAUGACUUGUGUCGGAAGAACCCAUGCAGACACAAUGCCGAAUGCCGCAACACAUGGAACGAUUACAUUUGCAAAUGUCCCAAUGGAUACAAGGGAAAGGAUUGCCAAGAAAUUGAAUUCUGUCAGUUGGUGACAUGUCCUGGUAGCAGUGUUUGUCAAAAUCUGGACUUUGGCUACGAGUGCCUAACCAAUAUUACAUUCCGGGGCAACGAAAAGUCGCCACUUUCCUUUUCAUUCUAUAAAGAACCACAACUUUUGGACGACUCUAAGCCCAAAUUGAAGCCCAUUAUUGAAAUAGCUUACCGCACUCGAACAGGAGGUACUCUACUCUAUUUGGAGAAUCAAGACAGCUUCUUUGAAAUAGGUGUCAAUCAGGGCCAAGUUACGGUCACAUGGAAAUUUAACCAAGAUCCGUUGGGAGACACGAAACGUUUUAGCAAAGACAAUUCGGAUGGUAUCGAAUGGAGCCGAAUCUUUUUACGAGCUCAAAAUGGUAAAUUAGAAGGCGGUUGGAAGGGAUGGGAGAGCAUGGUGGAUCCAUCGCCCUCUUUCUCUGCCGACAUUGACAUCAACGCAUUCGAAGAGCUGAUUUCGAGUGGCGCCCAGGUUUAUUUGGGCGGAAUGCCAACUGAAAGUCAUCAGUCGCGUGGUACUCUGUCAUCGCAACAGGGUUCUCAGUUCAAGGGCUGUCUCGGCGAGGCUAGAGUGGGUGACCUCUUACUGCCUUAUUUCACCAACGAGGAAAUGUAUCCCCGCACUGAGAACGUUUCAGUGCAGCCACAUGUUCAGUUCCGUUUGAAUUCAACGCGCCCUGAUGAGGGUUGCAUACUGUGUUUCAAGAGCGACUGCAAAAACGGUGGCUUCUGUAGUGCUCCGACGGAAAAUUAUGCAUGUACCUGCCAGCCUGGUUAUGAUGGUGACGAUUGUUCCAACAACAUUGACGAGUGCGCCACAGCCAUGUGCGAGAACAAUUCGACAUGCAUCGACAAGGUGGCACAUUUCAUCUGUAGUUGUCUGCCAGGGUAUGACGGACGAUUCUGUGAGAACAACAUCGAUGAAUGUGCCUCGCAACCCUGUCAUAAUGGCGGUAAUUGUACAGACCUUAUAGCCGAUUUCCGAUGUGACUGUACCGAUGAUUACGCUGGUGCACAAUGCGAUGUCCUCAAACAAGUCACUUGUGAGAAUUUCCCCUGUAAGAAUGGUUCAACGUGCCAAGAUCGCUACAAUGCCCAGACUGGAAAUAAUUUCACUUGCACAUGCCUACAAGGCUAUGAAGAACCACUGUGUGAUACACCAUUCUGUGAAGUGAAGCCAUGUGAACACGGAGGCCUCUGCAUAAUAGCCGAUAAUAAGAUUCCAAUGUGCCAAUGCAGUUUAGGAUACACCGGUACGUUCUGUGAAACAGACAUCAACGAAUGCGAUUCGAGUCCGUGUCUGAACGAUGGUGUUUGCACCGACCUAGUGGGUGGCUAUUCGUGCAAUUGCACGGACACCGGCUUUGAGGGUGACAAUUGUGAAAUCGACAUCGACGAGUGUGCCAUGAGCGUAGAAUAUUGCGGUGGUCUUGGCAGGUGCAUUAAUCAACCGGGUACAUUUAAGUGUAUUUGUCAAGACUCUUUCUGCGGGGCUUAUUGCAAUUUCACAGAUCCGUGCAAGCAGAGCGAUGUGCCACUGUGUAUGAACGGGGGUAUUUGCGAAGAAGCUUGUGGCGAUGAAGCCGAUUACAACUGCAACUGUACCGAAGGAUAUACCGGCAAGAAUUGCACAAUACUGAUCACCGCUAAAGAAGAGCCAAGCACCGCCGACAUCGCCAUUAUUGUAAUACCAGUUGUAGUCGUAUUGUUGCUGGUGUGUGCUGGACUGCUGGUCACAUUCCUGGUUAUGGCCCGCAACAAGCGAGCAACCCGUGGUACCUACAGCCCCAGUGCCCAGGAGUAUUGCAAUCCCCGUUUGGAAAUGGACAAUGUAUUGAAACCGCCGCCAGAAGAAAGGCUCAUUUAGUCAUACCAACGUCUUAUUUAUUAAAACUCAUUCCUAGUUACGUUAAGCUAAUGAAGACAAUUGA